AUUAUUAUUAGUGGUUUUAUAUAGCGCAGUAUCCCAGCUUAGGGCUGGGCUCACCACGCUGUACAUACAAUUUAAGAAACAUAAUCAUGAACUUAAAAAUUAACAAACAAUUAAAUAAAACGAAAUAAAUUUAUCUUAACUCCACCCAUUCCAGAACUAUUCACAUUUCAAGCAAUAAACUUAAACCACGAACCGUACAUAACAAACAUCCUAAAAGCUUGCAAUGCUGUGAGUUUUGUCUGUUUUUUGUAGGCUAAAUUACUUUUUUCAAUCUUUAACAUAAAGCAAAUUUGUAAAAAACGUGUUCAGGGAAGUAUAAUUAUUUUUUUAUUAAAAAAGCCCUUUUUUUUUUUAAAACGUCUUUUUAGAAUUGAUUCAACGAAACAUUUAUAUUUAUUCUAAUGUUGAUUCUGCCAUCUUGUAUAACCGUUUUAUCUACAUACUAUUGUUGAUGCCCUCGGCUAGUAUCAAAUACACAUGCACAUACUAUUGUUGAUGCCCUCGGCUAGUAUCAAAUACGCAUGUACAUUCUAAUGUCGAAGCCGUCAACUGUUGCGAGAACCUGAAUACAAAUAACCCACAGACUGACUCGUUACAGAUGAUGACCAAAGCAACUCUGGGGGCCGCCACACUGGCGGCGUUGUGCCUGACGCUGACCAGCGGUCACGGACGUCUCCUCGAUCCGAUCUCGCGCAUGUCCGCCUGGAGAUUAGGAUUUCCCACGCCCAGGAACUACUAUGACCACGGGAUGAACUGUGGGUCUUUUCAGGUAAUGUUUCGCAAUUGUUCCUUCUUUUAUGGUCACGUGAUAACUGCUAGAAGGUUAAUGUGAGGGCGAAAUCUUAGUUGUGUGGGUUAUUUUGUUUGUUUUUUAAAUUAUUAUUUUUUUAUUUGUGGGGGGAGGGGAGGUGAUAUUGGGUACACAUAAUAUGACUCCACACCGCUCAGUUUUUUUUGUUUGUUUGUAAGGAUGAAGUUGACAAUGAAGUCGAAACAACAAAUGCAAAUAGUUUCCCCUAAACGUUAACGUGAAUACAAAAGAUCCAUCUGUCAGCCCCCCUCAAACUCACGCUGCAGUUCUUCAGCAGUCUGCUCUUAUACAACACGGAGAAAAACAAAUAGAAAUACUCUCUACUCAGUACCCACACGCUCACCUCAUCAAAUAUUUGCAUGAACAAAGGCUAAGCUUUAGACCUCUCGGUAUUGUACUCAACCCAUGUACCGUACAUUUGCAUCUUUUUACGUGAUUUCCACAGGUCCAGUGGAUGAGCAAUGGCGGGAGGUGCGGCAUCUGCGGCGACUCCUGGUCGGGUCCACGUUACUACGAGCGGCCGAACGGAAUCAUGGUCAAGCAUGACGUCAUCACCAAAGAGUACAGAGAAAAUGACGUCAUUACGGCUACGGUGGAGGUGACGGCGCCCCACAUGGUGAGUUGUCCGAUCUUUGCAACGCACUCUCGUUGCUGGUGAAGCAAACGCAUCGUCGCGUUGACACAUGUGUAUUGUGACUGCAUUGAUCUUAGCAUUGUUAAGGCAACGGUGAUAUUAAGCCACGCUAGUCUUUGAGGAUCCCAAAGCAAGUGGAAACUACAUCAACUACAAUAAUAAUUGUGUUAACUCGAUGAAUUUUGUUCUUAAAAUCGUCACAACGUCCUUUAAUGUAUUUGCGACGUACCGAUGUUUCAUUCUGUGAGGCAACUAAUCUGACCACAGAAAUUGCAUUCAAAUCUUAUGAAACUUUAGUCAGAGAUUAUCCACCCCACCUCCCCUUGUAUUGGAAACAUUUUCGGCAUCUUCUCGUCUUAUAGAGAUUGGGAUAUACAUUUUUUUUUUUUGUUGGAAUAACUCUAGCGAAACUUCAAAGUGUAGGCGAAGUUGUUGUUUUUUUUUUUAAAUCGAGAAUCAGCAGUCCGCAGAACCCCCCCCCCCCCAACCUCUUCAAGUCACUAUAGCCAGUAUUAGACAAUAUGAGUCGGAGUUGGAAACUAAGUCAACGAAUCAGACACUGGUACACUCGUUUGACACAUUGUCAUUCACUAGACGCUAGAAUCGCACAUUAGAAACUAUAAUAGGGCAACACUUUCAACGAUAUGAAAAUAGUAACCGUGUUAAACAACUCCCUUCAUAAAAAAUCUCAAGCAAGAAUUGAAAAGCAAAGUAAAGUUUUCUCCCUUCUCUUUCUCAAAAGGGUUGGAAUGAAUUUAGGAUCUGCGACGUCGCCAAAUCCGGAGGAAUCGAGGCCACCCAGGAAUGCUUGAAUAGAACUCUCUUAACCGACAACAGUGGGCGAAGUCGAUUCUUCUUCACAACGAACAAAACGGGGCUGAAUAACUACUCCCUGGUUUUGCCGAAAGGCUUUACUUGCUCUCAUUGUGUUUUUCAGUGGAAGUGGAAAGUUGGUGGGUUUUUAUUAAAUACCUUUUUAUUGAGAGUGGAAAGUUUGUGGGUUUCUUUCAAUACCCUCUUUAUUGAGAGUGGAAAUUUGGUGGGUUUUUUAAAAUACCCUUUUUAUUGAGAGUGGAAAGUUGGUGGGUUUCUUUCAAUACCCUCUUUAUUGAGAGUGGAAAUUUGGUGGGUUUUUAUAAAAUACCCUUUUUUAUUGAGAGUGGAAAUUUGGUGGGUUUUUAUAAAAUACCCUUUUUAUUGAGAGUGGAAAGUUGGUGGGUUUUUAUUUAAUACCUUUUUAUUGAGAGUGGAAAGUUGGUGGGGGCUUAUUGAAUGGCUUGUUUUGUUGAAUGUGGAAAUUUGAUGUUCUUUUCUGAAUGGUUUUUUAAAAUAAUGUUUUCCAAACAGGCAACAGCUGGGGUUGUGACGAGACGGGUUGUGGUUUGGGGCACGGCGUCGUGCAGGAGGAGUUUUAUGGAUGCUCUGACGUCAAAAUUGUCCCGAAAGGCACCAGCGUGGUCGCGACCUCGAGACCCACCACGCCGAAAAAAGCUACGACCAAGCGAACGCCCCAGACCACCACCAGAUCUCCUGUCGCCGUCAAGACUUCUACCACAAGGAAGCCCGCUGGAACCACCAGGAAGUAUACGGGGGCCACAAAAUCACCCAACUACUACCAGAUCCUGAAGGAAAUCUUCAUGCGAUACAACCUGCCCCAGAGGACGUUUGGCGAGAUUGAUGAAGAAGACCCUGACCUCAAUCUUGACGACGAGCUGCCACAAGAGAUCAGUGGCCAGGAUUUUCUGCAAAUGCUGCUAAAUCAGCAAGACGUGAAUAAGUUACCUUUUAUAGACAACUAACCUUCCAGCAUGAUUGAUGACAACAAGUUUUUUAAAUCACACUUUCAUAUUUUUGACAAACGACGCUAAAUUUGGGUAUCAUUUGUUUCAGAACUUUCAGUUCUAUACUAUAGGCUAUUCAAAGAAAUUUGUAUGUAUAUAGGUGAUUGUUUUUAAACAUGACUUUAAAAUUGAUAAUUAAAUUGGAAUGUUCAUCAAUGAUUAAAAUAUAGAUUAAAUUGUGAAAGAAAAUUAAAAGUGUAAAUUAUGCUAAAAAUAAUAAUUUCCUUUUUGUGUGUUUAAUUUUUAAAUAAGGAUCGAAUUUUGUAUAAAUCAUUUUUUUUAAUAA